AAUAAAUAUCAACCCAUAUAUAGGAGGUGUAGCUUGUGCUUGGAGCUUCAAACUUGUGAGACCUAGAGUACUUGUGCUUUCUCUCUGCCAUGGCGGUCGCUCACCUUCUUCGCCGAUGCCCUGUCGCCGCCGGCAAUGGAGCUGCCAUUCUCGUGAUUCUCCAGCUUCUCUUUAGAGCUCUGAGCGCGGAGGGCACGUCGUCGUUCAGCUUCGCCAACGCCUGCCAGCACCCGGUGUGGGUGGGCGCGCUCCACGGUGCCAGCUCGCCGCCGCUCGCGCGCUCCGGCUUCUUCCUCCCGCCGUCCGCCACGUUCCACCUCGAGGCGCCAUCGUCGGGGAGCUGGUCCGGCACGUUCUGGGCGCGCACGGGCUGCGCGGUCGACUCUGCCACUGGCCACUUCUCCUGCGCCACGGGCGACUGCGGCACGGGCGACGUAGCCUGCGAUGGCCACGGACCCUCGCCGCCGGUCUCGCUCGUCGAGGUCACGCUCGCCGCGCCCGGCAGCGGCGGGCAGGACUUCUACGACGUCAGCCUCGUCGACGGGUUCAACGUGCCGGUUCGCGUGGCACCCUCGGGAGGCGGCGGGGACUGCCGCCCCGCGGCGUGCGCGGGCGACGUGAACGCGAUGUGCCCCUCGGACCUCCGCGUCGUGGCCGCGUCCGGCAGCAGUGUGGUUGCGUGCCGGAGCGCGUGCAACGCGUACGGCAGCGCGCGCUACUGCUGCACCGGCCAGUACGGCUCGCCGGCGACGUGCGGGCCGACCAACUACUCGCAGGUGUUCAAGAGUGCCUGCCCGGCGGCGUACAGCUACGCCUAUGACGACGCCAGCAGCACCUUCACAUGCUCCGGCCCCUCCAGCUAUGACGUCACCUUCUGCCCUGGGACUUGAUGCCGUGAUAAUCAAGUGAAUUCGAUCACAAACAGAUUGGAUUAUAAUUCGUGGUGGCUCCUUAAUAGGCUUUUCAUAAUAAAGAGCUGUGAGAGGAACUGCAUAAUUAGGGUCCGUUUGGACCUCCA